UGUCCCACCCGCCUACGAUCAUGACAAAUACAUUGUGGUACUCGGUCAAAUUGUCGGUAAGCCGACUCAACAUUUCUGUUGAAUUUCUUAAUCAGUUUAUCGCGCUCAUUUCGAAAAUGUGCUGGUAUCGUACUGCGGCGAAAACAUAAAAGUUGUCUGUUCUGUGACUAAUAACAAUAAAAUACGCGUAAUAUGUCGAUAUUACUGGAAAAUGUUACUAAUUGUGUUUGUCUAGCGUUCAAAGCUUUGCAACAGGACCAAACGGGGCUUGUUAAUAAGUCCAAAUUAAAGGUUCUCACAGCAAAUAUAGGAACGCUAUUAGACCUCUAUGGAGUUGAAAAGGGACUAGAACACUUUAGAAGCACAUUAAGUCUCAGUUUUGAUCAAUACAGAUUCUACUUACAAAAUGAAGUUUUUUCUUCUUUGCCUGCCAAACUCCCGUUGGCAGAGCUAAGGGAAUAUGAAAGCCGAAUCGCAGAGGUCUGUUGGUUGGUUUGCAGAAAACGGUACCUUCAACGCGAUCAUAAAGUAUUCACAGACGACACUGUUUUUCAAUUAUACCGAAUAUUUUGUGUUUUGGCCGAAUUAGUACCCGACAAUCAAACUGAGCAUAGUUAUCAAGUGUUGAUUCAUCCAUCUGAGAUUUGCAGUAUAGCACAAACAGUUACAAGUUCCCUAGGAUGCAUAUUCGAUGAAGACGAUUUUACCAGUUUGAGCAUAUCUAUGGGCAAUGUGCGCCUAACUCCAUUUAUUGCCGUGAUCGAGUCACGUUGCCUCACUGGUAUUAAAGAUAGCAAAGCGAUUAAAGAAGCGAUCAUCGAUGUUUACCAGAAAAUAGUCGAAGACGUCAUUAAGAAAGGAUAUUUGACGAAACGAGGAUACAUUUUUCCAAGCAUGAGAGAAUUUUGGUUUGUUCUGAGACCCUCAGAGCUAAGUUAUUAUAAAAAUAGAUCCGAAAAAGACAAAAGCGGUGCUUUGCCAAUAGAGGUGGGCAGUAGAGUGGAAGCUACAACUGGAUACAGAAUCAUACUGCAUACGCCAGAAAGAAAUUUUGAACUUGGCGCUCCUGACCAUAUGACCAGACUUCAAUGGAUUUCUGCACUUCAAUUGGCUGCUGAUCAUUCUGGUGGACACCAAACUUAUGGAAGAUUGCAAGUUGCCAAAAGGCGAAUUCAACGUCAAGGACGAGUACAGGAAAUGCUACAAGCCAAAACUCAACUGCAACAAGAACGAACUGCUAGGCAAGCUGCUGAGGGUCAAGCAAAAGAACUGGAAGCUUUAGUUAAAGAAGAUUCGAAAAAGUUAGGAGAACUCGGGGAAAUUAAAGUAAAAUUAGAAAAAUUGUUAGAAGAAGAAACCCAAGCAAAAAGAGACGAAGAGAUAGUUAGAGCUCUCCAAGCCAGAGUUUUGGCAGAAGAGUGGGAAAAGCGAGACGAGCUGGAACGCCUUCAAUGUGAGCAAAAAAUGCUUCUCGAUGAAGAACGAAUUAAGCGUCAGGAAUAUGAGGCACGACAACGGGAAAAAGAGGAGCAAUUGCGAAAUGCAGAACAGCGAUUGGCACAGCUGGAGAAAGAAAGGCACGCUUUAGAUGACGAACUGAAACAAGCGCGAGAGAAAAUUGUUCUAUCCGAAGGAAAAAAGGAUUUUCUGGAAGCCAAGCUGUAUCAAUAUGCCCCCGUUCUCAGAGAAGGGGACAGGGUUAGGCGAGCUCAUUCUUUCAUGCCAAGCACUAAAGAAAGGCCCGUUCUGUUAGAAGUUCGCUCUGCAACAUUACGAAGAUCGACGAAGAAGUAAACAGUAUAUUUUUUGCUGUAAUGCUGUGAGUCACCAAAAAAAUUAAAUAUGUAAUUGGUAUACAAGAAAAAAUCAACUAGCUGAAUCGCUCCCUAUUCAGACUAGUGUUUAGUAGGUUAUUCCUAAAGGAAACAAAAGUACGAAAUACUAACUUUUAUUUCUGCCGACAAAGAAAAGUUUACUUAAUAUUUCGUGCACUUACUCCACUAAUUGCCACAAAUUAUUUAGUUAAAAACACUGAAUUUGUUCAACUUGUCAAUUUUCUUGCUGUGGACCAACUAGUGAAUUUCUUCCACUACACCUUCCAGAUGUACCAUUUAAAUUAAACUGGAUUACAGUGAAAGCUCUACUUGCGGACAGCUCUUAUAAGCGAACAUCGCUCUGAACCCGACAUUUUUCUUGGACCCUAAUUUCGUCAUAUGGUUUUCAAUGUAAAACACUUUCUUAUAAACGGACAUUCUAUUAAUCGGACGCGAAUCUUAUUAUGAUCAUACGGAGUUGAAAAGCUCUUACAAGGCGGCCACGAAGCUGUAAAACGCAGUCGACGAAUAAAACCAUUAUCAAAAAUAAGCGAUUUUCAAUCGGGGAAUUCCUUCACAUAUUCCGUAGUUCCCCGUUUUAGAUGUUUUGACUUGACUUGCUUUAUUCAUCGAUUGUAGUGCCAUUAACUAAGUUUCGAGCACAUGAUAAUAACUAUUAUUAACAGAAUAGGUAGAAAAGGUCUCCGUUUGGUUACUCUUGACAGUUUUUAGAAGUUAGUUUUUAUUUAAUAAAAAGGCAAGUUGUAACGAACCAUAUACGUUUCAAAUAAAUUGAUAAUAAUUGGAAAACCC